UCAUUUGGAACGUGACUUCAGAAGAUAAGAAGCCACGGGAGAAAGAGAGAGUCCAUCUUUCAGUGUCACAUACCAGUCCAUUAGAGCCCCCUGUAUGAGAGAUUUUUAGAGAGAGAAAUAGAGAGUUUUAGAGAGAGAGUAAUGGCUACUUCACCGUUCUCUCCGACUCCAACCCGAGCAGAGACCUUCUCGCAUUGCUAUUCAAUCUCGAGAUUCAUCGAUUUCAGCUCUAGAAAUCGAAGCUCCAACCUGUUCUGGAUCAGAAACUCGAGUUUGCGGAGAGUGAAACGGUCCUUUUCCGUGAAGAACAUCUCAAGUGAACCGAAGCAAAAACGAAAGGAACCGAUCACUGAAGAAGGAACUCCUAGUGAUCUGAGUUCUUUCACUCCCGAUGCUGCAUCCAUUGCCUCAAGUAUCAAAUACCAUGCAGAGUUCACGCCAUUAUUUUCUCCUGAGCGGUUUGAGCUGCCCAAGGCUUUCUUUGCAACUGCACAAAGUGUUCGUGAUGAACUUCUUAUUAAUUGGAAUGCUACGUAUGAUUAUUAUGAAAAGAUGAAUGUAAAGCAGGCAUACUACCUAUCAAUGGAAUUUCUACAGGGUAGAGCACUGUUAAAUGCAAUUGGUAAUUUGGAGCUAACUGGUGCUUAUGGAGAAGCUUUGAGCAAGCUUGGACACAAUCUAGAGAAUGUAGCUUGGCAGGAGCCAGAUGCUGCACUUGGAAAUGGGGGUCUUGGGCGGCUUGCUUCCUGUUUUCUGGACUCUAUGGCAACACUAAAUUAUCCUGCAUGGGGAUAUGGACUCAGAUACAAGUAUGGAUUAUUUAAACAACGGAUUACAAAAGACGGUCAAGAGGAAGUUGCUGAAAAUUGGCUUGAAAUGGGUAAUCCCUGGGAAAUUGUGAGAUAUGAUGUCUCAUAUCCUGUAAAAUUUUUCGGUAAAGUUGUCACUGGAUCUGAUGGACAAAGACACUGGGUUGGCGGAGAAGAUAUAAAAGCUGUUGCAUAUGAUGUCCCAAUACCAGGAUAUAAAACAAAAACCACAAUUAAUCUUCGACUGUGGUCCACUAAAGUUUCAUCAGAAGAUUUUGAUUUAUAUGCUUUCAAUGCUGGAGAGCACACAAAAGCUUGUGAAGCCCAAUCAAAUGCUGAAAAGAUUUGCUAUAUACUAUACCCCGGGGAUGAAUCAGUGGAGGGAAAGGUCCUUCGCUUGAAGCAACAAUAUACCUUAUGCUCGGCUUCUCUACAAGAUAUUAUUGCACGUUUUGAGAGGAGAUCUGGAGGGCAUGUGAAAUGGGAAGAGUUUCCUGAAAAGGUUGCAGUGCAGAUGAAUGAUACUCACCCAACACUAUGCAUUCCAGAGCUGAUGAGAAUAUUGAUAGAUUUGAAGGGCAUGAGCUGGAAGGAAGCUUGGGAUAUCACACAGAGAACUGUAGCAUACACAAACCAUACUGUUUUACCCGAGGCAUUGGAGAAAUGGAGUUUAGAACUUAUGGAGAAACUACUUCCUCGACAUGUUGAGAUUAUAGAAAUGAUUGAUGAGGAGUUGAUUCACAACAUAAUAUCAGAGUAUGGUACUACAGAUCCUGACUUGUUGCAGAAAAAGUUGAACGCGAUGAGAAUUUUAGAAAAUUUUGAUCUGCCUGCUUCCGUGGCAGAUAUAUUUGUUAAACCAAAAGAAAGCCCUGCUGUUGCUCUCAGUGAAGAACUUGAAGUUUCUGAUGAAGAAGUUACUCCUGCCAAUGAAGAAGAUGAACCUGCUGUUGCUCUCAGUGAAGAACUUGAAGUUUCUGAUGAAGAAGUCACUCCUGCCAAUGAAGAAGAUGAACCUGAAGAAGAAGAUGAACCUGAAGAAGAAGAUGUACAGAAGAAGAAAAAGUUGGAUUCAGAAUCAGCUCCAGAACCACCACCAAAGAUGGUCCGCAUGGCUAAUCUUUGUGUUGUGGGUGGUCAUGCGGUAAAUGGAGUUGCUGAGAUUCAUAGUGAAAUAGUGAAAAAUGAGGUUUUUAAUGAAUUUUACGAGCUUUGGCCUAAGAAAUUUCAAAACAAAACAAAUGGGGUGACACCAAGAAGAUGGAUCCGUUUCUGCAAUCCAGAUCUAAGUUAUAUCAUAACUAAGUGGACUGGCACAGAAGACUGGGUCCUAAACACUCAGAAAUUGGCAGAUUUGCAUAAGUUUGCGGAUAAUGAGGAUCUCCAGACUGAGUGGAGGGCAGCCAAAAGAAGCAACAAGAUGAAGGUUGUGUCAUUCCUCAAAGAAAAAACAGGGUAUUCCAUCAGCCCUGACGCAAUGUUUGAUGUCCAGGUGAAGCGUAUACACGAAUACAAGCGACAACUGUUAAAUAUCUUGGGAAUAGUUUACCGAUACAAGCAGAUGAAAGAAAUGAGUGCAGAAGAGAGGAAAGAAAAAUUUGUUCCAAGAGUUUGCAUAUUUGGAGGAAAGGCGUUUUCCACAUAUGUGCAAGCCAAAAGAAUUGUGAAAUUCAUCACAGAUGUUGGAGCUACAAUAAAUCAUGAUUCUGAAAUUGGCGAUUUAUUGAAGGUUGUAUUUGUUCCUGAUUACAACGUCAGUGUUGCUGAAUUGUUAAUUCCUGCAAGUGAGCUUUCACAGCAUAUCAGUACUGCUGGGAUGGAGGCCAGUGGAACCAGCAACAUGAAGUUUGCAAUGAAUGGUUGCAUCUUGAUCGGGACCUUAGAUGGGGCCAAUGUUGAACUAAGAGAAGAGGUUGGAGAAGACAACUUUUUCCUGUUUGGUGCUCAAGCUCAUGAGAUUGCAGGGCUAAGGAAAGAAAGAGCUGAGGGCAAGUUUGUGCCGGAUGCACGUUUUGAAGAAGUCAAGGAAUUUGUCAGAAGUGGUGUUUUUGGGACAUACAACUAUAAUGAACUGAUAGGAUCCUUGGAAGCAAAUAAAGGUUUUGGUCGUGCCGACUAUUUCCUUGUUGGCAAGGACUUCCCCAGUUAUAUACAAUGCCAAGAGAAGGUUGAUGAGGCAUAUCAAGAUCAAAAGAGGUGGACAAGAAUGUCGAUCUUGAAUACAGCCGGCUCAUCCAAGUUCAGCAGCGACAGAACAAUUCACGAAUAUGCAAGAGACAUAUGGAACAUCGAACCUCUUGAAUUACCUUAGAAAAUGAAAUUUUCCUGCGAAAUCUUAGCAAGGCAGCCUGAAGUCUUGUCCAUGUCUGUAAAAUAGCGUUUUAUGUUCUUUUCAUGUAGAGGAACUCAACUGGCAAUGACUAAAUAAAUGCAGCGCAAAUAAUGUUGAUUGUGGAAUAAAAUCAAGUGCUUGCUUUGGUA